AUGAAAAACGUUCUCUUUUCCUAUAUUCUUAAACAUAAUUAUAUGAAAACUGUUGCAAUCUUGAUAAGCUUUGUGGUUGUGGGUGUUGCUGCCAAAUGGUUUACUCCGAUGGCUCCAUUGCAGGAUGGAUGCAAAAAGAAUGAGGAAAGAGUCAAGUGUGGGUAUAAUUGUGAGGCACAGUGUGGAUUUGAGCCGACGGUCUGCAGUCUCGAGUGCAUCCCAAAUGUCUGUGAAUGCAAGGAUGGGUUCGUCCGAAACACCCUCGGAGAAUGCGUCCACCGCCUCGAGUGCACUCCAGAAACCUCUCGAUGCCCUGAAGACGAAGAGUUCCAAGUGUGUGGAGCAGUGUGCCAACCGAGCUGCGAGGACCCGUACCCGACAUUCUGCCAGUACACUGAUUGCGCCAGGAACGUCUGCAGAUGCCUCCCAGGAUUGGUUCGCAAUGGAGUGAUUUGUACCGAGUUGAGCAUGUGCCGGAAUGUUCCGAGUCGGCCACUCGAGCUCUUCACGUUGUAA